CUGUCUGAUACUGCAGUCGGGGCGAACACCCUGUAGCCAAAGUUAUGCUUGUAAGUGCAAACAUUUAAAAGAUAUGCAUAUAGUUUCCACUUUGACACUGUAAACAGAUUAAAUUGCAGGUAAUCGGCAGUGUAUUGUGCAUUGCACGGUCUCACUACUAUCUGAUAGAUCUCGCCUUUACAACAGCAACGCUAGGAGCCCAGCCAACACAGUAGCAAUCGGACUUCACGUCGUGCAGUUAUCAAAACAGUUAUCAAAUAUCGUAACUGGGUAGAUUGUGGCGCAAGGACUGGAAGAGAAUGUUGAAGACUGUCGGACAGGCCCUCUUCUCCACUGGGCUACAGUACCCCAAACACAACGUGGAGAGCAAGGGUGAUGACUACGAGGUGCGUCGGUACGAGGCCACUAACUGGGUGAGCACGACCCUGAUGGGGAUGGAUGGAGACGCCGCCAUGAACGCUGGAUUCAGAAGACUCUUCAAGUACAUACAGGGGGAGAACGAGAGGGGUGAGAAGGUGGAGAUGACCGCUCCGGUGACGUGUCGUAUUGAGCCCGGCGCAGGUCCGGCGUGCGAGUCCACCUUCACCGUGUCCUUCUUCAUCCCAGAACAGCACCAGGCCGACCCGCCCAAACCCACCAGCCCUGACAUACACAUCGAGAACCGGCCCGAGUUCACAGCCUUUGUACGGACGUACGGGGGCUUCAGUCUUGAGGAGAUGGCCCGUGAGGAGCACCUGAAGCUGGUUGAGAGUCUCCGUAGAGAUGGCCUGGAGUUCCGAGAGGCCCCGUACUACCGAGCCGGCUACGACAGCCCCUUCAAACUGAUCAAUCGCAGGAACGAGGUCUGGCUCCUCCAAUAGGAAUGAGGGGGUGGUCUGGCUCCUCCAUUUGUGACAAAGGUGGAUCCAAGCAGUAGCAACAGGGGGGGAUCUGGCUCCUCCAAUAGGAAUGAAGGAAUACAAAUGGGUGUAUGGGGAGCGGGAACAGUCAGAAGAGAAGAGGCGAGGGGAUGUCUAUGUUAGGGGAUGCUCUGGGGUGUUUCUUCUUUGGAGCGUACAGGGAGCGGGAAGGGACUUACUGUCUGAGGUGAGGCUGGGAUGGGAAUAUAAGGAGGUCUG